AUGCUCAUUCUCUUGAACUAUUAGACCUUGACAAAUCCAUAUGCAUAACCACACCAUAACUAUAGACAUCAGAUAUUUUCCAGGAGUGUUCAUGCUUUCUCCAGUACCCUAAAAGAGAAAACACAGAAAUAUUAAUUUUACCUAAGGUGGUUUAUGAUUACUUUUUUUCCCUCCUUUUCCUUUACAGAGUUGUCAGAGCAGAUGUUUCCUUCCCACGCUUUGAGUUGUGUGCUGUGAAACCAUUUGGUGACUCGUUUCUUCCCAGACUUCAUUUCCAGCUGGAAGCUGCAAUUCUUCUGGAGCCUUGACAGCACAGAUGCGGUGUGUUGCAGGGAUUAGAAUACCUGCUUCUCCAUGUUCUGCUCGAAUUAACAUCCUAUUAGCAUUUCACUGGUGGUGGUGAAGUCCAGGACCACUACUCCGUAGGUAAUUGGAACCCAUGGAGGAAGAGCACUGGAGAGGCCCUCGAUGCUGUUGGGACUGAAGAAGCAGACCGAAAACCCUCAGGAUGUAGACGUUCCCAGGAGCAGGACAGAGAAAGAGGGAGAUCUCUUUGGAAACAUGGAGCUGCUGUGCUGCGAGGUGGAUCCCAUGCGGAGAGCUCUGCCCGACCCGAACUUGCUCUAUGAUGACCGCGUUUUGCACAAUUUGUUAACCAUAGAAGAGAGGUAUCUGCCCCAAUGUUCCUAUUUCAAAUGCGUCCAGAAGGACAUCCAGCCCUUUAUGAGGAGGAUGGUGGCGACCUGGAUGUUGGAGGUCUGUGAAGAGCAGAAGUGUGAAGAAGAGGUUUUCCCCCUAGCCAUGAAUUACUUGGACAGAUUUUUAGCUGUGGUGCCCACCAGAAAGUGCCAUCUGCAGCUGCUGGGGGCAGUUUGCAUGUUCUUGGCCUCCAAGCUGAAAGAGACAAUCCCCCUCACUGCAGAGAAACUUUGCAUAUAUACGGACAAUUCCAUCAAACCCCAAGAGCUGCUGGAGUGGGAGCUGGUGGUGCUGGGAAAGUUGAAGUGGAAUCUUGCAGCAGUGACUCCACAUGAUUUCAUUGAACACAUUCUAAGAAAACUGCCUCUACCUAAAGACAAGUUGCUCUUGAUCCGGAAGCAUGCACAAACAUUUAUUGCCCUUUGUGCCACAGAUUUUAACUUCGCCAUGUAUCCACCAUCAAUGAUAGCAACUGGAAGCGUGGGAGCAGCCAUCUGUGGCCUUCAGCUUGAUGAUGGAGAAAGUUCACUCACCGGUGACAGCCUAACAGAACUCCUGGCCAAGAUCACAAACACAGAUGUGGACUGCCUUAAAGCCUGCCAAGAACAGAUAGAGUCGGUGCUAGUAAGCAACCUUAGGCAAGUCCAGCAACAGCAACAGCAAAGCAAUCCUUCUAAGAUGGUGGAUGAACUGGACCAGGCCAGCACUCCCACAGAUGUGAGAGACAUCAACCUGUGAGGACAUCAGCCCAGACAGUCAUGCUUGCUCCCCCUGCUCCCCCCCCCUUUUUUUUAGAAUGAAAUCUUUUUUUUAAUCUGCUCCCACAUAGAACGUAUUUAAAGCUCUUUUAGAUACAAAACAAAACAAAAAAAUGAGUAAUUUAAAAAAGCAUUUGGUGCCUGUGAUGUUCUACAGAAGGGAAUCCCACGAUAUAUUUGAUAAUUGCUGUUUGAUUAUGUAUCGGUGAUAUUAAGUGCUUAUAAAAGCAUAAAAAGUAGCUAGAUAAAUGUAAGCCUGCAUUUGUGGGAACAAAGUAGAGUAUACUUUUUUGUGCGUGCAUUAUGACCUAGUGCAUACACACCCUUUUUUAAACUUAAGAAAGGAAUUGUGUGUGUGAUGUUAUGGCUUGACUAGAUUGCAAAGCAAUAGAAUUAAAGGGUUAGGGCAAAGUGGGAAAAGAUCCCUGAAGUGAUUGAACCAUUUUGGAUGCAGAAGAGAUUUGCUGAUCUAUCACCUCUGUUAUUAGUCAGAACUGUUUGUUGGAUCUCUGUAUGUUAGUUUUGUUUACUCUUGCUGUCUGUGGUAGCUGCUACCUAAGAAAGAAGAUGCUUUAUUUUGCCAGCCGGAAGAGCAGGUGUUUCUUUCCCCCCCAUGGUUCAUUCUAAACACAGCAGCAUCUUUGGCAUACAGCUGAUCCUGCUAUCCAGCAGUGGUCCAAGCCAAAGUAUAGAAUGCUUGCAUUAGAUGGCAGAAAUAUACAGAUUAAAAAUGACCUGUCAACAAAUCAGACCACCUCAGAACUUUGGAUUCCUAGUUGCAGUGGAUCAUCUGUGAAAAAGCAUUAUAUUCAUUCACAAUGCUAAUGCUACACGUCAAUGUUAACUUUUGGCAGCUCUUUAGUUUGGUGUAAAGGCAAUUAAAUGAUGCUCUGCCCAUCUUCCUUUUUAACAUCCUCACUGUGUUAAAGAAGAUGUGAUUUCCUUUGAUCCCCCCUCUCCCUCCAAAAAAUACAUUUUCCAGAUGUUUAUAACUUUACUGGUCCACAGUUAGCAUUAUUAUAAACCAUUUCAUUCGAAAAGCACUUUGAAAAUUGUUCCUAAGGGAUAAAUGAAAUGGUUUAUGACAAUUGUGCUGAGCAAAAAAAAAAAAAAAAACAGCAAUGCAUAUAGCUUUUAAUAGUCAAUAUUUUCCAAUAUCUGAUGUACUUCGCUAGUUCUGGUGUUGCUGGAAAUUCCAACACCUGCUUCGGAUGACAUUCCUGUCACAACAUUCCGGAUGAAAGUCUGACAAUUCUGUGUAUUGUUCAGUGUCAGAAGGAUCUUAACACCACCUGCAUGCUUAUCUAUGGACAAUGAAAGAAAAUUGCUGGUGCAAAAGACACAAAUGGUAAACAUCAAGGUGCGUGACUUUGAUUUUUAUUACAAAGGUGUAUUCAGUGUACUUGAAUUUAUUUUUCCUGCUCCAUCUGUAAAGAAGAGGCAUUUAGAUGGCAAAGGCGAUGGGGCAAUUUUUUUUUUUUUUGCACAAUUGUAUUAACAGAUUGCAAAUAUACAGUUUGAAGCUGUUGGAUGAAAUGUUAAUGUUUGCAUUUUUUUAAAGAUAAAAAUCCAGAAAGAACAUGCUACUUUGAAGAAUAUUUUAUGAAUGGACUCUGCCAUAUUUGGCUAGAUGAGGGUAGAAAAUGGAGUAAGAAUCUAAGGGGUUUAUUUUGUUUUUUUGGUUUUUGGUUUUUUUUUUUGCGCUGCUAAGAAGCUAUGAUUUGUUUCAUUCUUAUUCACAUUAACAGUACUUAGCUGUAUUGUUUCACUGAGUGUGCUGCUAUUUUAUAAACAUUUUUAUAAUAUAUUAUUUUACUGCUUAAAUUUCAAAUCCUGAAGUAGACGGUUAAGUGCAGAUAAGAAGAGUUCUUAGAUUUACUGGAAAUGCCCUGUACAGUUGUUUUCUAAUAGCGUGCUCAUGAUUUUUUUUAUUUUAUUUUAUUUUAUUUUAUUUUUCUGAUCACAUCCUGCAAAGACAGUAUAUUUACCUCAGGUUUACUGGACAAAAAUGGUUCCCAUUUUCACAAUACCUCACAACUUUACAGUUCUUUCCGCUGGGAGCCUCAUGGAAUGGUCAAUGCAAAAGGCAGCCAAAGCCUGUGUUUUGGUGAGCAAAGCACAGUUGCUUCAGUUGUGUAGGGGAACAGUUGUAGAUUGCAGGGACAUUGGGCUCCCGUUUGGUCUUAGGUAUCCGUUUCAUAGUGGAAAAAAUACAUUAACAUGAGGAUCUGUUCAGCAAAGAUUUCUGCACAUAUAGGUCUCGAUCCUAGAAGCACUUAAGACCUGAUUCUCCACUGUAUGUCACCUUAUGCAGUCAUUUGUAUUUGUGCAAAAUGAGUGUCUUGUGGAUAUUAAAAUGUUACCUCCAACAUAAGUAGAAAUUCUGGUUUGGGAGCAUUUUACACUUACUUUGCCUUGAUGCAAAUGAUUACUUAAGGUGCUGGACAGUGAGCAUUGUACCUUUGCUACCUAGUGUAAUGCUUUACUACCAUAAGUAAUCCCAUAGGGCUAGAUUGUGACUUUGUGGUUGUCUGCAUUGUUACACUGCCCCUAGAGCAGUCCAGAAAACAGAUUAUGACCCCAGGAGUCACAGUCCCCUCCUGGUCUCCUCUCUACUUCAAAAAGGGAAUAAACUGCACCAGAUCUAUACUCAGUGCAGCGUAUGCAUCACAGUGCACCAGUGCAGCCACAUGGCUGGCCACACUGAGGGUGGGGGAGCCAGGGCUCUUCCCCUUUCCACCAACCUGCGUAGGGAGGGGGCUGUCCAGCAGUGUGGUGCCUGCUUCCUUGCCCACAGUGCUGCCUGUCAUACUGCUAGUUAGCCAUGCCAUGAUUUGGCAUAGAGAAAUCAAUGGGCCUACUUGUGGUAGUAAGAACUCUGCUCAGUAGUGUUAGUGGAAUCAGGCCCUUAAUUUACAGUGGAUUUAGAAGUCAUCAGCCCAGUACUUUUGUAAUCCUCAAAGGGAGUUUUCCCUGAGUAUGGACUACAGGAUUAGGCCCACAGUCUUCUCUCAGUGGCUGGGUAUCAAAAGGCAGAAUAAAUGGUCUUAAAGUAAUACUGCUAGGCUUUUUGAGCCCCAGAUUUUACAUGCUUUUAACACUGCAUAUUAUAAUAAAAACCACCUUUUUGUUAGGGCUAUGUUAAGUAUUCUCAAUGAAAACCGAAAACAUAAGUCGAAUUCCCACAAAUUCCUUUGGAUGGCACUCCAUGCAAUUUCAGCUGUCUCUGUCCAUGCAAAGGUGUUGGCAGCAUCAGGCCCUGAGAUAUUUGAGAUUUUUGUAUUUUGUUUCAAUUUUCUGAAAUCAGUCCAAUUUGGCAAAACAGCCAAAGUCCUGCAAAAUGUUAGGUAUUUUGCUUAAAAAGAUAGAGGAAGUGAAAAUAGUAAAAUUUUCACUCUGAAAUGGCCAUAUAAUUAAACAAAAACCUUGACAUUUUCCAAAUUGUGGAAUUUUGUUCUUACAAAAAUAAACAUUUUCACAUUAAAAACAUGA